AUUACGAAACGGCGUUGUGCGCUGCGCUACGUUUCUGUGUGACGGGUGUUAGUGUCAAUUUUUUUCUUUGUUUCUCUGAAAGACAGUUCGCAAUAAAUUAUAGUGUUGUGACUAUAAAGAUAUGUCAGUGUAUAACACCUCCGAAGAGCAAGUUUGUUUUGAGGAAUUGCGAAACGAAGACAUCACGGAAAUCAGCAGUGGUGUGUGCAGCAUUGUUGAUCUGUCAGCUGUAAUAACCCUAAUGAAAUACAGCGGAACAAUGUUCUCUUGUGCAAAUCGACAUCCUCGACGUACGCUUGGCCAGCUGGCAGUUCGUAGUACUUCAUCUGCAAGGUUGUUCACCCGUCCGCUGCGCUAUCUCAACCCAGCCCAGAUCAGGCGAAGGGUGUUCAACGUGGUACUUGAUCGCUUGGGGUGUACUGUAGGUCAGAUAUCUCCAUCAUUGGGAGGAACAUACAAGGCUCGAUGA